GGCGCGGCGGCGGCGGGCGCGGGAGCGGCGGCGGCCUCGGCGGCUUCGGGGGCGACGACCUCGACGACAUGCUGGGCAGCCUCGGGGGCCUCGGGGGGCUGGGGGGCGACGACGAGGACGACAUGGGCCUCUUCGGAGGCGGCGGGAAGGGGAAGUUCGGGGGCAGGGGCAAGGGCAAGAAAGACGGCAAGGAUGCGAAGGGCGGCAAGGACGGCAAGGAUGGCAUGCCGCGCGCGCCCGAUCCCAAGCAGGUCUUCGUGGGCAGCAUCGGCGACAUGUCCGACGAGGACGUCAGGUCCAUCUUUGCGCAAUGUGGCGAGAUUGUGCGUCUGAAGCUGCUCCUGGAGCCAAUGGCACUCCUAGGGGCUCCUGCUUUGUGACCUUCGACACCGAGGAGGAGGCUCAGCGGGCCCUGCAGCUGCACAGGAUGGACGUCGACGGCCGCAGGCUCAUCGUCAAGCCGGCGAACGGAGGAGGUGGCAAGGAUGCGGGCAAGGGCUCCGGCGGCAAAGAGCCCAAAGGCUUCGGCGGCAAGGAGCCCAAAGGUUUCGGCGGCAAGGAGCCCAGAGGUUUCGACGCUGGUGGAGCGCGGCCUUCGCGCGACAGAGGAGGAGGGGAGGAACGACAGCAGCGGCCGCAGCCUCGUGGGCCUCGGAUGGAGAUCGACGACCUGCUGGAGGAGGCCCUGGCAGAGGAGGACGGGCCCCUGGUGCCCGAGGACUUCGACAUGGCCUCCAGGCGCUUCCUCACGGCGCUGAUGAACGCGGACCGGGAAAACGGCACGAGGCGG